AUGAGUUUUCGCCACCAAUUCUCCCCACCUUGUGAUUAUGAUCAACGACAAUUGGAAUGGGCCUAUGCAUUAAAAGCGAAGUUGGACGAUCAAGAAAGGUACAGUUCACCUAUGCCAUUGAUUGGGAUGUAUAUCGCAGUAGCAUCUCUAUUCUGCAUCCUUGCAAUGGCGGCUGAUCUAUUACACGGUAUGAAGAACAGAAAGCUAUGGUUUCCGUGUAAAUAUUUCACUGUGAAUGCUGCUUCUCUCACUGUGAUAGCUGUUGCAAUAAAGCUACCCAUGGAUCUAACUAAUCUAAUGCCAGGCUAUGUUGACCAGGCUGCAAAGCUUGGAAGCCUAGGCUUUAUGUGCACCAUGAUGGUUAAUUUAUUGCCUUCUCUUGCAUCCAUGGACAACAAGGAGCUUGUCACAAACAUGAUGGCUUUAGGUGUUCUUGUACUGACCUUGGUUGGGAAUGUCUGCAUUCAAAUAAACACCGGAGUUCUAUCAUAUCAUGAAAGUAGCGAUCCCUACUAUUUUCACCUUCAUUAUAAAGAAAUCUCCCCAUCUUUCUCACGUUUAGAAGGCAAUGGUUUGAUAGCAACUAUUUAUGCGGGUAUGCUACUCAUGUUGCUGAUAAUAUUUGCAUGUUCAUCUAUAGCCAUUCUAAAGUCAAAGCAAAUUCUGGAAUCGAAAUACCAUGAAGCUCAUGAAAAAGCUAUAAAAGAUCAUCAAGAGCUUCAGCAACAAGGACAAUUAACUGUUGAGAAGCUAAAGAAGCAUGUGAGCAACUACUGGAUCAUGGCAAGAACCGGAAGCCCCCAAUUCAUGACAGCUUGUUCUGCUACAACCGCUGCUUCUGGGGUAAUAUGUGCUUUUAGCACCAUCUUACAUAUUGUUAUUAUGGUUUCCAAUAUUAGAUCUCUAACAGAUUAUAAGUCGGAUUAUAAGUGGUCGAUGUCAGUGAUUUUCAUUAUACAGUUUAUUGGAGUCAUUGUGGGUACAAUUGCCCCACUUUCUAGAUGUUUUGCAGUUUUAAGCUUUAAGUUGUCGGUAAAAUGGAUUUGGAACAAUAUCAAGGUCUUUAAAGUAGAAAGCUACUGGACUCAAAAGUUGUAUGAUUGGAAACUGAGUAGCACACCAUUCCCAUAUUUACAAAUUCUUGUUCUCAACAUUUGUAUAGGAUUUCAGAAGACAGUGGUAGUAGCAUGUAAAAUGAUAGAUUUGAUUCCAAUUUUCUCUGUGAUAUGUGUCUUGUAUUGUUUCCAAUUUUGGAAGCGGUUAAAGGCCAUGUUUAAGGCGUCGAGCGUUGUGUUGGUACAAAAUCCUGAGCAAUUACAAGAAGGAAAUGAAAAUCUUAGUUGCUACGUUUUACAACUUCAAGAGGAUAUAGAGUUUGCUGAGAGAACAUUGAAAGGCAUUUUAAAAUCUGUGAACCUUUUGAUCCAAAAGGCUGAAAAACAACAACCUAACAAUCUUAUGAAGCUUCUUGCGGAAUCUAGAGGCUUUGAAGGGGUUGGAAAGUUUGAAAGCCAUCGUGUCCCUCCUUUAGUUUCAGAAGAAUAUGAUUCAGAAAAGCAACACAAAUUCUCCACUUUGCAUCUCCUUACACCCCAUGUGACAUAUCGCAUACCACCACUUCCUCUCCCUUGA